CCUCCCAGGACAUCAUUCUAGGACUCACAGUCCCAGGCAGGAUGUCUGGAUGGAUCAAGGAUUCCUGGUGAUCUCUGCCAUCAAUCAUUUCCUGACCAGCUACUGGUAGCCAGCUCUCAUUUGGGCCUCUGUGCAAAGCCAGGGCAGUUAUGAAAAGGGUUACCUGCCGGAAGCAUCAGCCUAACUUGCUUCCCUGCAGGAGAUGAAGUGUGUGUACAGAACUGUAGUCUGGCCCUCGGGUCAAUACCUUUGUGUGACUAGAGCAGUCCAUCCAGUCCUGUGCCUCUGAACCAGUGUCAUUAAAGCCUGGGGCCUGGCCUCCCUCCUGGCUUAGCCUGUGCUUCUCCACAUUGCAGGUUCAAGGAGUUUGAGGCUGCUAAAGAGAAAAACGAUCUUGUUGCAGAUGAUGGAGGGACUCACAGGACAUUCACUUCCUCUCCCACUGAGGCCAGAACCUGCUAGGCCUCCAGAACUUGAGGUUGUCCAGGAGCCAGUGUGCUUUCCCAAGCAGACAGACUCCACAGUGCAGGCUGCCUGCCCACCAGCACCCAAAUGCCAGCCGUCACAGGAUUCGGAGUUGCUUGAUGACAUUCCUCCUGAAGCCGUGGAGGAGUACAUCGACAUUAUGGACUGGCUGGAAGAACAUAACCUCUUGGUCAUGGAGGAGCCAAGGACAUUCAUAGUUUCCUCUUCUGAUCUAGGUCGAAGCCAUUAUCAAUCCCCAAUUUCUGGUAGAAGCAGGAUCUACAGACACAGAGAAAGACAUUGUCUUGGCUGUAAGACAGGUGCUAGAGGAAGAACAUAUACUCCUGAACAGCUGGUGGAGAAGAGACUCGUGGGCUCCAAGGACAAGGGAGGUGUGUGUAGGCCCAGGAGCCGAGGUGCACUCCAAUCUGAUGCCCACCAAAGUGCAGAGCAAGAUGGCUGUGAUCCCAAACAAAUGGUGAACAAGAAGACCUGCUCAACUCCAAAAGCUUCCCAGGUCCUUAAGAGAGUCGGGGCCACAGAAUAACAACUUCCAGGGUCUGAGG